CUUGGUUCCGGGGUACGAACAUGGCGUCCGCCGUGCUGAAGGUUGCAGCGGCAGGUGUUUCCAGAUGCUCUCGCGUCGCGCUCCAGAGGGCACAUUCAACAACGGUGCCCCUCCAUCAGGGUGUUCCCGCGUCUCUGUGGAAGCUGGGCAGGCUUAACCACAUCGCCAUCGCUGUCCCCGACAUGGAGAAGGCCACGGCGCUGUAUCGGGACGUGCUGGGGGCCACGGUGAGUGAGAAGGUGCCCCUGCCCGAUCAUGGUGUCUACACUGUGUUCGUGGAGCUCGGCAACACCAAGCUGGAGCUGCUCCAUCCUCUCGGAGAGAAGAGCCCCAUCUCGGGCUUCUUGCAGAAGAACAAGUCAGGAGGAAUGCAUCACAUUUGUAUCGAGGUAGACGACAUUAGCGCUGCGAUAGCCGACCUAAAAACCAAGAACAUCAGAAUGCUUUCGGCGGAGCCGCGGAUAGGCGCUCACGGCAAACCGGUCAUGUUUCUCCAUCCUAAAGACUGUGACGGUGUGCUGGUGGAGCUUGAAGAAGCGUGAAGCAUCACAUCCUGCCGUUGACUGAGAGGAGCCAUUUACAUGUUUUACAGGCAGUUAGAUGAUCAGAGUGAUAACGGGGAUUGUUCCUUACAGCACUUCUGCUUUUGGAAACACAGUUCUUCUUUGUAUGGAAUAAAGUUUUAUGUGGUACAUUAACAUGUGA